AUUUUAUUUUCCCGUGUACAAAACUUUAAUCCCUGGCUUUCUGAUGUUGGUUGCACUGGAAUGCAUUUAUAUUUAAAGUUUACAAUUUUGACUAAUAGAAUUGUUUGAGUUUAAAUAUAUAUACAAAAUAAUAAUAAUAAAUCAUUUGUGCCUGUGGAACUGUUAAAAAAGCAUGACUGAUGAAUCAAAUGCUGCUGUAAUUGCUGUGCCUCGAGAAGAUACAGAAGGAGAUAAUCGGUGGAUGUCAGUGGUCGGUGCUGAUUGCCUCCAUACUGCUAGAAAAUAUCCCUUGCAAGCUGGUAGCUCCGGCCUCAUCAGCGGUGGGGUCUCUCCACCACCUCCAUGUCGUCCAGUGGGGCAUUGGCGGAUGUGGAGAAGGGGAUGGCCUCCUUCACGUCACCACCUGCGUUAUGUUGCACAAGCAAAGCAAAAAGAACCAGAAAUAAUUUUUCUGGGGGAUUCGGUUGUACAGAGGAUGGAAGGAACACGGUUUUGGCGUGAAAGUUUUGAACAGUUGCAUGCUUUGGCAUUUGGAAUUGGUGGUGACCAGACACAGCAUUUACUGUGGCGUAUUCAGAAUGGUGAACUUGAUUUCUGCAAACCAAAGAUGGUGAUCAUUCACAUAGGAACAAACAACUUUGGUCAUAGUCCUUCCCAAAUUGUAGAGGGGAUUGCAGCAGUAGCAAAAGCUGUCAGGCAGAAACAACCUGAAGCAUCUGUGACUGUCACAACAUUACUACCUCGGGGCGAGCAUCCAAAUCCAUUACGCACACGUAAUUUGGAAGUGAAUGCAAUUUUGGAAACUUACAAUUUUGGUUUCAAAGUGCACCUGGAAGUCAUCGAUGCAGGAUUUGUGCAUCCAGAUGGCUCCAUAUCUCAUAUCGAUAUGUAUGAUUAUCUACAUUUAACUGAUGAAGGUUACCAUAAAGCUUUUGGAGAACUAUAUGAGUACGCCAAGAACUAUGUUGGAGUAACUCCAUCAUAUUGUGUAGACAAUGCUGAGGACACUGCUGAAUGGGAGGAAGAUGAAGAUGAAAGUAUUAGUGGUGGUGCUGGUGAAGAUGAUAAAAACAAUGUGGAAGAUGUAUUACAAUAAGUUAUUAUGUGAAUAAGACUGAAGGAACAACUCACGAAAACAUGAAUUUGCUCAUGUAUUGAAUGAUCUGUAAAUUUUUCAAUACACAAAUUAUUUUAUUAUAUUUAUAACAUGCUUUGUGCUGUGAAGCUUGUGUCAGUAUUUUUGCCAUUUUUUUAAAAUAGUAAUUCAAUGCAAAAUUUUGCUCAUUGCUGUAGGUUGCAAUUUUUCUUGUUAAUUGUAGAUGUAUAUCUAAUCUAUGCUGUUUAUAACUGCAUAAUAGUUGAUUUAUUUGAUUUUUUGUUUGGUAUAGACUCACCUAAACAGAGCAACAUGAUAACUAUAAAUGUUUCAUAUAGUUAAUUCUUAGUAUUGAAUAACUUUAAAAAAUUAACAUUUUGCAAUAAAAUAUUAGGUAUACCAUUUGUUGCAUUUGUUAGAAAUUUAUAGCAUUAAUUCAUGCCAUUUUUUAUUGUAAGAUUAUUAUGUUCAGUUUUUGUGCUGUAAAAUAUGCAACGGCUAAAAUUUAAUAAUAAUAUUGUACGCUUGUUACUAUUAUAACUGCAAGUGACAGUGAUAGUUUGAUAUGAUGUAUCAGUUUCUGAAUAGUCUUUGAGCAAAUAAAUUAAGCAAAAAUAUUUAUUUAAAUAUAAA